GACGAGUAAAAAAAAAAUGUAAACACACCAAAAUGGAAAAAUUUUGAAAACAGAAGAAAGAGAACUGAGAAGAUAAAAAAAUACUUGUAAUUAAUUAUAAUCUGAUCAAUUUCGCGUCUUUUUUUCGGUAAUACAAUUAUCGUAAUUCAUUGUUGUGAUGUAAUUUAUAUCAAGUUCCCUUAUUCAACAGCAGGAUAUCGGAUUGCUUUACGAUUGACUCUGAGUAAUCUACCUAUACAGUACCAUGUCGUCUGAUCCAUCGAUCUAUUCUUUCGAAGGAUACGACUACGACAAUUACUAUUCGGAUUUCGACGAUGAAGAGUAUUACAUGAGUGAGGAAGACGAUGACGACGACGACGACGAUGAUCACACGUAUAAUUUCCUCAGUGCGUUAGUAAUACGUAAAUCCGAUCCUACGUUCCUGGAAUGUAAAAAGUUGAAGGAAUAUCUGAACGAUGGCACAUUUAGCGAUGUUACAAUUAAAGUCGAAGAUAAGGCGUAUCACCUUCAUCGUGUCGUGUUAUCUCUGAAAUCGGCGUACUUUCAGAAACUAUUCGCUCGCAAUUUUAUCGAACAUAACCAGAAAGAAAUCGAACUGAGAACGGUCGAAGUGUCUAUAUUUGACUGCAUCGUAACGUAUAUCUACGAAAACGAUUUAGAAUCGUUUAUAAAAUCUGAAAACAUGACGAAAUUAUUGAUCGCGUUGGAUUAUCUUCAAAUUGAUAUAGAUCAAACGUGGUUUUCUCGUUUCAUACAGAAUAAUUCUGAAUCAAUCCAAAUGGCUGACUUAUUCGAACUGUUCAACUUUUUGGUGUUUCAUUCGGCUUAUCCUUGGCUGUUGACAUCGUUGUUGAAAUUCUUCUCGAAAAGCUUGGUAAAAAUCAGCCAAACCGAGUACUUCGGUUCUAUAUCUUUCGAGCAUUUCAAGAAAAUACUUCUAUGCAUGCAAGUGAAGACAAACGAAGAUGAUGAACCGAGGUGUAUAACGAAAAUAUGCGCGAAAUGGAUUUGCAGCGAUGUUGCGAAUCGUUCCGGUCAUAUUGUCGAGAUCGUAAACGCGAUCAAGUACAGAUAUUCGAAGAUGUUCUAUCUUAUUGACAAAAAUUACGAUAUUAAUUGCUCGGAGAGCGAUAACAAAGAAUCGUACAUCGAAAAGAAAUUGGAACAAUUAUUGAACUAUUCUGUCGAAUUCAUCCCAGCUACUUGUACGGAAUCGUUGAAUUUACGAUUGGAAGAAAGUUCAUUCGGACCGAAAAACGUCGUAAAUUUCAAACAAAAAAUGCAAGAGUUGUUGAAUUCGGGUGAUUUGAGUGAUAUUUGUAUUAAAGUGAGCAAUCGGUCGUUUCCGCUUCAUCGUGCCGUGCUCGCUUCCAAGUCUUCCUAUUUUCAUAACCUGUUCACUUCGAAUACGGAUGAAAAUUUCGUCGAAUUUGAAAUCGAAGAUAUGGAUGAGACGAGUUUCAAUUUGAUUUUGAAUUAUAUCUAUUUCGAAGAGCUCGAAAUCACUCCGAAGGAGAACGUUGUUUUUUUAAUCAAAGCCAGCGAACGUUUCGAAAUGAAAGAACUUUUCGUCAAGAUCGAGAAAUACGUUUUGGAUAAAACAUCCGAUAUUACGAAUAUCUUCGAUUUAUUCGCGUACCUGCAUACUUGUACCUAUACCAGAUUAUCAGUACACAUCGAGAAGUACAUUCUGGAAAACUGGUCUAAAAUCGCAGACAUGUCGGAUUUCGUUCACGUGUCCAUCGAUACCCUAGAGAAAGUCUUAUCGUUAUCGAACAUUUUCGCUCAAGAUGAAUCGGAGAUUCUGAAAAUAUGCUCGAAAUGGAUAACGCAUGAUUUGGAUAACAGACUGCAUCACAUACCUUCGCUAAUCUCGUCGCUUUGUCGAACCAUCGUAACCAAAGUCGAUUGUCAAACGCAUAUCGAAAACCUGCGGAACAAUUCGUCUGAAAAAAUCGUCAUCGAAAAUCUAAACAAAUUAUUAUCCAAUUCGAAUCCGGUCAACGCUCUCGAGUCUGAAAAUGCAUGGGGUCCGUACUCGAAACCGUACUUCAUGGCUGCGUCUGGCAAUACACUUCAUUUUUUCGCGUAUAAAGAUUCGCAAAAUCUGUACGAGUUAGAAGAUCUUAAAUUCGUCAUACCGAACGAAUCGAUCAACGUAACCGGUGCAUGCGCGACAAUGCACGGCGAAAAUUUAUUCGUUCAUUUCAACGAUAAUUAUUUCUACGCGCAGAAUUUAAUCACCAAACGGUGCGUAUCGCUGACAUCGGAUCAAGUCAAUAAUCAACCUUGGCGUAGUCAAUUAUUAAGCUGCAACGAUAGCGUAUACCUUUGUCAUAACGACGAAGGAAAGGUUCUGAGAUAUUCGACUUUGUUAAAUCGUUGGAUCAAAGUACCUCCUAUCGAUCCUUCCAUUAAAAGGAAUACGCAAUGUAUAUUUGCCUCGAACGGUAAAAAUAUAUUCUCUAUCAGCACCGAACGUCACGAUCACGCUUUCGCCGUUCACAAAUACGACCAUAAUACGAAAUCUUGGAGCAGUUUAUCAGAAGUGACUGAUUUGAAUCGAACUUACGAUCAUCCUAUUUACGCUUGUUUCUCCAACCAAAAUCUAUUCGUCGCUUUCAGCUCGUUUUCGAAAAGUUACAGUUUUCGAAACCGUAAAUGGAUCACUAUAAAUCAUAGUCCGAGCGAUUACAAAAAUUUCUUUUGUAUUAAACCUCAUCAGAAUCAUCUUAUAUUUUUCGUCGAUAAAAGUAAAAUAGUCGCUUAUAAUAUUUACAAGAAGGAUUGGACUGAGGUUCGACAUGAUGAUUCGCGGAAAUUAUCUUAUUUGAACGUUGUUCAAUCGGUCGAUUAAAACGGAUUCAUCGGCGCAUAAAUUGCGUUCGAUCUUUUUUUUUACAUAUUGUUAUUCAUCUUGUAAUUCAGUGUAUUCGUAUUUUUUGUUGUUUUUUUUUUUUUUUAAAGAAUAAAAAUUAUAUUUUGGUAUUCA